AUGCUGAGGGCCGCCCUGCUGUGCGCGGUGCUCGCGCUCCUGCACGCGCAGCCAGUCCCCUUCCCCUGCCCGCCCGCCUGCAGCUGCUUCGUCCGGGACGCGGUGCAGUGCUCAGGGGUCGACGUAGAGCGCAUCGCCGCGCUCGGCCUGCCCACCAACCUCACGGUCAUCAUGCUGUACCGCAUGGACCGCGGCACCCUGCGGAGUGACAGCUUCCGCGGCAUGACGGUCCUGCAGCGCCUCUUACUGGCCGACAGCCACAUUUCCGCCGUCGCCCCCGGCGCCUUCAACGACCUGAUAAACCUAAAAACCCUGAGGUUGUCGCGCAACCAAAUCCCGGAUCUUCCAGGCUCCCUCUUCGACCAGCUGGUGCUCCUGGAACAGUUGUUCUUGAGCCACAAUGAGCUAACGCGCAUUGACCAAAACCUGUUUCGGAACCUGGUUAACCUGCAGCAACUCCUUCUGAACAACAAUCAACUCGUUGCCCUCCCCGCCGGCCUCUUCGCGCACCUGGGGAACCUGAGGGUGCUGGAUGUAUCGGGAAACAAUUUGACUCACUUGCCGCAGGGGUUGCUCGGAGCACAGGCUAAGCUGGAGAGACUGGUGCUCCACUCCAACCGGCUCGUCUCUCUGGACGCGGGGCUACUGCGCAGCCUGCGCGCCCUGGCCGAGCUGCGGCUCGACAGAAACCGCCUCCACUCCCUCGCGCCCGGGGCUUUCGACCAGCUCCGCGACCUGCGUAUUUUAACUCUUUCCAGAAACCAGCUGCGGUCCCUGCCCUCUGCACUCUUUCUCCAUUUGCACAAUCUGACCUUCUUGGCGCUGGAUGAGAACCCGCUGGAGGAGCUCCCGGGCGUGCUCUUCGGGGAGAUGGCGGGCCUGCGGGGGCUGUGGCUGAACCGCACCCAGCUGCGCACCCUGCCCGACGCCGCCUUCCGCAACCUGAGCGGCCUGCGGGCCCUGGGGCUGACCCUGAACCCGCGCCUGGGAGCGCUCCCCGAGGGCGCCUUCCGGGGCCUCGGCCAGCUGCGCCAGCUGUCGCUCAGCCACAACGCGCUGCGGGCCCUGCCCCGCGGGCUCUUCCGCGACCUCCGCAGCCUGGAGCAGGUCCGGCUCGAGCACAACCUGCUGCAGACGCUGCCGGGCGACGUGUUUGAGGACCUGCCCGGGCUGGCGGAGGUCCUGCUGGGGCACAAUCCUUGGCGCUGCGACUGCGACCUGCGGCCGUUCCUGGCCUGGCUGAGACAGCACCCCGGCCUCGUGGGCCGCGCGGAGGAGGCCCCGCGGUGCCCAAGGGCAACGCCCUGGGCCUGCUGCUGCAGGCCCUGUCGGGACGGUGACCUGGGGUGCCCGAGCACGGGGGGGCCGCCUCCCCACCCUCUCGCCCCCACCUGGCCGGCCCUGCCCGUGGCCCGCGAUCGCCCAGCCUGGGUGCCGACCAGCGCAGAGCCCUGGGCGCGGGCCCAGCCGGUGGCCGAGGGCCAGGGUCAGGACCAGAGCCUGUUCUGGGGUCUUUAUAUUCUGCUUUUAGCCGCUCAGGCCGUAAUAACCGGGGUCAUUGUGUUUGCUAUGAUUAAACUCUGCCGGCUCUUCCGAAAAUUAAUCAGAGAGAGAGCUCUGGUCUGAGUCAACGGGAAAACCUUGUAAUGAAUGAGAAGGCGACCAGAGUAUUGUUAGAUGUGACUCUGGGAGAAUCCAGACAGGUUGCCUCCGUCUUCCUUUCUCUUGUCUCUGCCGCCCGCCCCUCUGCCCUCACACCCACCUCUCUGUCUCCUCCUCCUCCCUCCCCUUUCCUAGAAUUGCCUUUACGUGUGAAUUGUGACUGCUUGCUUUGCUUCAUCCUUCACCGUGGGGGCCUGGGAAUGUGGGUUGUGUUCACCUCAUCUCUGUGCGCCCCCUGCCGGUGGAGAAAGGGCUACCUUCAGAGUUUACUGAGGAAGGGAGGGUGCGGGCGAGUCAGCCACCUCCAGGCCGCGGUCUGGCUCCUGUCUGGCAAAUGUGCAAUAAAUGAAUAAAAUGAAUACACAUGA